GGCGGACGUGUUUUUUGUUGCUGAUAUUAUGUGGGGCAACUAGAGUCACAAUAACUGUGACACGCACCUACCAAUAAGUGAAUUGUGCAAGUGUAUUGCGUUGAUUUGAGUAUCAUUCUCUAGUGUGGAAAUGUGUUUUAAACCGGGUUAGCGUACUUGGUAAAAGGAAAAAAUCGAUCGCAAUGCGGCAAUAGCGGUGCUAGUUUGUGCUGAUGGUUAGCAAAAAAUAUCCAAUACAUCAUACUCGUGUGGCAAAUGCAAGCCGCCACGGCUGGCAAUGAUCUUCUGCGGUGUUUACAGUGUACCAAUUACGGCUAGAAUCUCAAUGCAGUACUUGUGGUGAUAUGAAUGCAAAAAGCAUGCUGUGUGAGCGAUAAGUGCAUGGUGAUGGUUCUGUGAUCUGUGCUACUGAAUCAGCAAUGUUGUGUUACAUCCUGCCCGGCAGAAGCAAAGGAUGAGCCAGUAUUUACGAUUCAAUAACGACCGUGUUUCACUGAAUGGCGACACAGUGUUCUUGAGCAAGAAGCGAGCAGCGUGCAACUAAACCGCCGUGCAUGGCUGCAAGUUGACGCAGCUGGUCGGUGGCGUCGGUUGCGUGAAGAAAUCGAUCCAGUAUUGGGCGGAUCAUGUGGCGUGUGGAUUUAUAUGAACCGACGGCCUAACCAAACGAAAACCAUCUGUUCAUACACCCCGAACGAGAUCUCCUAUCAGCCCUCGACAAUAUAUUUAUUUCGACAAAAACCGAAUCCAGCGUGUGAUCGAAUGAGUCCACCCUCCGGCCAUUCCCUUUGGUUCCCAGAAAGUGACUAAAAGUUGAACGUAACCUGCGAUUGCCCAACAAAGACCGCUUCCUUCUACCAAAGUGCUGCAGACGCUAGACACUCGACGAGUCUAGAAGGAGAUGAGUCGGCCGGGUAUCAACCGAUCGCCGCCAGUGUGGUGAUAAGCCUGCCGAACGGUUCUCCCGUUGGGCGAUGGCCUACAGGUGGACACGACCAUUACCACCACCACCACCACCACCAUCAUCAUCAUCAUCAUCUUCAUCAUCAACAACAACAGCAGCAUCAUCACCAGCGUCACCAUCCGUGUUGGGGGACAAAUCAUCAUCGAUUGCACCGAUCAGCAGCCGCCCAGCGCAUCCACCCGACCGCCCAGCGCCGAUUGCCGACGGUGACAGGAACGGCGACGGUCUAGAGGGUGGUGUGGUGUGCGGUUUGAUAGGAAAGUUUGAAUGCACCCAACCCCCAACCACCAAUCUCACCCAUGCUGACGUCAAAGUAACAGUCAACAGUGGGCGCGAUAGUGGCAACGACGCUCACCGUCUUAUCACCGCCGACGGAACCCGCCUUUCUAGUCCCCUCGCUCACACUCGUAGUGAGGAAGGUGGUGGCAGUGGCAGUGUUGUUGGUGGUGCACCGACCGCUACUCGGUGUAUCCGAGGGGCAGUACGCACGGAAGGCGACGUAUGUUACGAAUGUUCCGAUAAGAUGGCCACAAUGGAGGAUGGUGGCAGUGCGAGCGGUUCUGCUGCUGUUGCUUGUGCUGCUGCUGCUGGUACCAACCUACUGAUGCCAUCCACCGAAUGUUCCCGUAGUACUAACGGGACCGGUCUUAAGGUUCCGAGCUUACGCAGGUUUACCAAACGUCAACGGAAAACCGUUGUCUACAGUCGGCUUUGUUUGGACGGGACGACGUGCAUGUUUGACGUGCGGAGUCCACCUUCCACGGUGGAAUCGGUCGUUCUAGUCGAGCCAGAGGCCGCCCGGAUCGGUGGUCAGUGGCGGUCGGCGGAACAGUGCGCCCCGGGGGCAGCAGCAGCAGCAGUAGCAGCAGCCGGCGGUUGGGCACGGGGACAGGCGGAAGUGAUUCGAUUUCCGUGCGUCGAGCGACUGAUCGAGCUGUACGCAAAUAUCAUCCGCGAGAAGGAGGCUGAAAUGCAAAGAUUUAUGAGCAGUAUUGUGGUGAGGGAGGGCGAUAAAAGUCGAUUAGAUAAGAGUGUGUCGUCUUCGACUUCGUCCCUGCCACCUUCGUCGUUGUUGACGACGGUGCUCAGUGGCGACAUACGCACGACCGCACCGGGGCCACCUGUGUCAGUAUCGUCGGAACCGUCGUCUUACACGGCAUCGUCUAUCAUCGACCUGUCGCAGGCCAUCACUCCACCAGCAACCGGAACUGACGGCAGUUCCGGAACCGUCGUCGCACAGCACCAUCGUCGUGAGGACAACCCGGAUAGUCCAGCCUCGGAUGAAGGUUGGCGCAGUAUCCAGCAGAGUCCUUCUGGUUCCAGCAGUGACGAAGAAGCCGAUCGUCCGAGGAUAGAGGAGAAGCAGCAGCAGCAGCAGCAGCAGCAGCAGCAACAGGAAGAAGACGGCGAAAAGGACAACAUGAAGCACCGGGAGAAGGUGACCCGUUCGGCGAGCUCCGACUCGGCCCUCGGUCUCGAUGAGGAUCUCAGCCAGCAGGAGCAGCAACACAUGAUGGCCAACGUGGGAAAGGCACGCCGCCUGACGCUCGGUGUGUCCGAUAUUCCACUCCGAUCGGCACUGCUGCCCGUACCGGAACCCUCGAUGCUACCGACAACGACCACCGACAGUUUGGCCUCACUGAGCGGUACCGCCGACCACCUGCCAACGGUAGUGCGCAGCAAAAUGAUUCUCGAGGCGCAACUCAUCGAACUGCCCGUCGAUACAGAUCAACAGCAGCACCAGAACCAACAGCAGCAACUCGGUUGCCCACCCAGUACGUCCGCAUCGCGCCGUGAAUCGGCCCAAAGCUACAUCAGCGACACGGGAGAGGGCGUCCGGUACGUUCGGACACCGUCGGUCGUUGUUUCGGACUACUCGGAUGAUACGAUGUGUGGCAUCACCCUGGAGGAGAUCGAGUACUUCCGGCGGCACCGGUUGCGCCGUGGAUCGGCCGACUGUGAGUCAGACAUCAGUGCGGCCUCUUCGUGCAGUAAUUUGAACUACUGUGGAUCAUCGAUCAGCGCACUGGAUGGUUGCGAGUAUCAGUGUGGAUUGCGGACGCCAGAGCGAAAGGUUUCGGACUGUUCGACCUGUUCCACCGUUAGCUGUGAUGAGGACGAAGGUUACUCCGUUGUUCGGGCGAAACUCGCUAACCUCAGUCCAUCGUUGGCGACGUCAUCAACAUCAUCGAACAAGGGAUCGUCGGUGGCGGUGACGGAGGUUUCCGCAGAGACCGGGCCCGCUGGUUCUCAAUCGCAAGAGACGGACGUCCGGAUUUGCAGCAAACAGCAAAAGCCUUCCGGUUGGCGUAAGCUUCGCAACAUCGUCCAGUGGACUCCGUUCUUUCAGACCUACAAAAAGCAACGGUACCCUUGGGUUCAGCUAGCCGGUCACCAGGGAAACUUUAAAGCCGGUCCCGAUCAGGGCACCGUCCUGAAGAAGCUCUGUCCCAAGGAGGAAAAGUGUUUCAAGGUUCUGAUGAAAGACGUCCUUAGGCCGUACGUUCCCGAGUACAAGGGGCAGGUGAACAGCGAAGAUGGGGAAUCUACGUACAUACAGCUGCAGGAUCUGCUCAGCGACUUCUAUCAACCAUGCGUAAUGGAUUGCAAGAUAGGCGUCAGGACAUACCUGGAGGAAGAACUAUCCAAAGCCAAAGAGAAGCCGAAAUUACGAAAGGAUAUGUAUGAAAAGAUGAUACAAAUAGAUCAAAAUGCUCCCACCGAAGACGAACACCGAGCGAAGGGUGUUACGAAACCACGGUACAUGGUCUGGCGAGAAACCAUUUCCAGUACAUCAACCCUUGGAUUUAGAAUAGAGGGAAUUAAAAAGAGCGACGGAACAAGUUCAAAGGACUUCAAAACGACCAAAUCACGCGAACAAAUAUGUGAAGCGUUCCGCGAGUUCACAGAAGAUUUUCCACACGCAAUGCCCAAGUACAUACAACGACUGAAGGCGAUUCGGGCGACACUGGAGUACUCGGAGUUUUUCAAGAGUCACGAAGUGAUCGGAAGCUCACUGCUUUUCGUACACGAUCGUCAUAAGGCGAGCGUCUGGUUGAUCGAUUUUGCGAAAACCGUUGCCCUGCCCGAGACGGUGACGAUCUCGCAUGAUAGCAAGUGGAAGGUGGGCAAUCACGAAGACGGCUACCUAAUCGGCAUCAACAACCUGAUCGAGAUCUUCAGCGAGGUACACGAUCAACAACUAGUACAGUCGGUUAGUGAUCGAAUACCGCGGCUAUCGCUACCGGAUGAUGCCAAUGGUGUGAAUGAGGUGGAUUCAAAACCCCACGGUGAACAACAAAGUGUCAUCUCUGACAGUAUAGGAGGUAGCUGUUCCUCCACACCUUCCAACCGCUGCAACGAACCGAUAUCCUGCAUAAAUAAUAACAACUACGACUGCAAGACCGAUGAUUCGCCGCACGUCAACAACAAUGUUACAGAUAGCUCAGUUCUGCAGGACCGUCUUGGGUCAAACUCGAGCUAAUCCACUGUUCAAUGUUCGAACAGCGACAUAAUUACAAACGACUGAUAUAACAAUCGUGGAGUGAGAAGCGUUAAUGAUAGUACUGCGGAAUAUACGGUGGUGAAGAAGGCAAUGCAGCAGCACGCAUCAAAAGCAAUACAUUAGUAGGUAGGAACGGAUCCUUCGCCACAUUGCAUGGGUAAUACCGUUCCCCAUUGUGGUACAAUGGUCGAAGAGGGGCGGUUGAUUAAUUUAUGAAAAAGAAACUCUACUAUAUGGUAAAUACGCUGAGAAAAAUAAGAAGCUAAGUAGUUUAUGUUGCUUUAGAGAAACGUAGUACGUUAUAUGUUAAUACACACAUCUGAUGAUGAU